AUGGACACCGACUCCAACAAUGAGCAGCGGCCGAAUGGGGGCAGCGUACCCCAUGUCACCGCCCGCGAGGGCGACAACAGCAAUGUGCCCAAACCCAAGCGCCUGGCGUGCAUGAUCUGCAGAAAGAGGAAGCUCAAGUGCGACGGGAUCAAGCCCAGCUGCAGCACAUGUACCCGGCUCGGACACGAUUGCGCAUACGACGAAGUUCGGAGGAAGAGCGGCCCCAAGCGCGGCUAUGUAAAGGCGCUGGAGGAGCGAUUGAAGCAAGUCGAGACGUUGCUGAAGACGCAAGAGCCCGCUGCGGCACCCAAGCCGAAUGCUGCCAAUGGGAUUGCCAACGGUGCGACUCCCGCCGAGCGGGCUAUGCCCAAGGUCAACUUUCAUGUGUCAGACCCAUCAAUCAACAUCGCCAACAGUCGAGACAAGGAUCGAUGGCAGUUCAACUCCGAGUCUCCGCCGCAGCCCGGCUCCGUCGACGACUUCAACUUCAACAGCAGCAUGCAAAUGAACAUGAACCCCGUCGACAGCAACUUCACCUGGGAGAUCAUCAACCUGGGACUGGAGGAGCCUCUUCCUCCGCAAGAGACCAUUGAUGAGCUUGCUCCAAACCAAAGGCCACCCGUAUGCUUGCGGUAUGCAAUGUGGACACUGGCCUGCUCUGUGACAGAGAAAUACAGCGAUCUCAAAGACUUGUUCUACCAAAGAUCGAGGAAAUAUGUCGAGUCCGACUACAUCAAAGGCUUCGGCGAGCAUCUUAUCUCGUGUGCUCACGCCCAAACUCAUGUUCUCUUGGCGAAUUACGAGUUCAAGAUGAUGUACUUCCCUCGAGCAUGGAUGAGCACAGGCCAGGCGGUCCGACUAUGCCAGAUGAUUGGUCUCCAUCGAUUGGAUGGCGCCGGACUGGACGUGAAGCAGUGCCUUCCCCCGCCCAAGGACUGGACUGAGAGGGAAGAGAGGCGACGGACCUUCUGGAUGGCGUUUGCUGAAGAUCGCUACGCGAGCAUCGGCACCGGCUGGCCCAUGACUAUUGACGAAAGAGACAUCAUGACCAACCUGCCAUCCUCUGAGACCGCCUUCGAGCUGAGCCGGCCCGAGAACACGCCUUCACUGGCAGAAGCCAUGACGCCGUUUGGAGCUGGCAAGAUAUCACCGUUUGGCGGCAUCAUCCUGAUGGCAUCCCUGUUCGGCCGCAACCUGAUCCAUCUGCACCGACCAGACAACGACGAUAAGGACCAUGACCUCAACGGCGAGUUCUGGAAGCGGCACCGCAACAUGGACAAUAUCCUCUUGAACACGGCGCUAUGCCUUCCGGGUCACCUCAAGCUCCCGGCGGGACUUCAGAAUCCCAACAUCGUCUUCACAAACAUGUGCAUACAUACCUCCACCAUUUGUCUGCACCAGGCCGCCAUUUUUAAAGCCGACAAGCACAACCUUCCUGGUACCGUAAGCUCGGAGAGUAAAGUUCGCUGCAUCACUGCGGCGAAUGAGAUUGCCAGCAUCAUGAGAAUGGUCUCGCACACGGAUCUAUCAACGAUGAACCCCUUCGUUUCAUUCUGCCUCUAUGUAGCUGCUCGAGUGUUUGUGCAAUACCUGAAGAGUAGGCCAGACGACACGCAGACCGGCGAUUCACUCCGCUUCCUAUUGGCAGCCAUGAACGCCCUGAAGAGGAAGAAUCCUCUUACUGAAUCCUUUCUCGUCCAACUUGACGUUGACCUUGAAGCCCUCGGUCAACGGAUUCCAAAGCUACGAACCGCCUUCCCACGAAGCGCGGAUAGUGUACGUUGCCCUCGCCUCUCUGUCGUUUCACCAACUCUAACUCGCAAUAUCGCGAAACAGCCUAUUACUGUAGAAGAUCGCACCACCAAUGUACGCCCGGGCGCACCCUGUGACGGGCAGACUGCGAGCCAGUCCAGGAACGGCAUCAUGGCCUAUCGAGACGAAUGCGACUUCCUGAAGUUGAACGGUCAAGACAGCAACCCAGUGAAUGCACCCGACCUCGUCCCCCCAGAGCCUAGCCACGCUCGCCCAUCCGUUUCAGCAUCAGACGGCAUGGGAUCAGGCUGGAUCAGCGACCAAGGGAUCCCAACCAGAGACCGAAGCACCGGCCACAGCCCCUCGGUGUUUACCCUGCCCAAUCUUGUCUACAGCGGCGUCAACCCGAUGGUGAGCACAAGCAGCGGCAAUUCGAUGUCCGGAUUCGGCCACAGCGACAGCGGCGACGGGAACGACAACUCGACCUCGCCCGACGGCCAGUCGAACCGGCCGACGCCCAACUCGAGCUGCGCGUCGGACCAGCGGCAGCAGCAGCAGAACGGCCUGGCGCCGAGCCGGAUGAACACGGGCUCGAGCCGCAACUCGUUCGACACGAGCCCCGUGUCGCCCGCGAACCAGCAGCAGCAGAUGACGCAGGCCGAGAUGGAGCGCAACGUGGCCGCCUACUUUAGCGACUCGGUCAACGGCUUCUCCAUGUCGGGCACGGGCCUGACCCCCAUGAUGACGGCGGACACGCCCGGCGGCGGCGGCGGCGGCGGCGGACCGGUAGGGACCGGCGCGACCGACUUCUCGAUGCCGCCCGGCGGCUGGGAGAUACCCGGGCAGACGGGCAUGACGCCCGUUUCGGAGGGCGUGCUCAGGACGAUCAUGAACAUGGGGCCCAUGGAGACGAUGGAUCUCGGUUGGGAUACCAACCCAUGA